AUGGCCGCACCGAAGUGUCUGGCUCCGCGAAAGCUUCUCGACUCCACCGUCCUCCAGCAAUGUCGAGCUUCCCGAUGCAGAAACAGCUUUGCGGGUGUGCGAUCGUACGCCACUGGACAGAAGAAGGAUGCUGAAGAGGAGAGGGAGUCGUUCAAGGGACAGCUGUACCAGAGCACAUUUGAUAGGUUGCAGAGGGAGCGUGAUGAGCAGGCGAAGUUCACGCAGCAGCGCGAGGCCCAGAAGGCUGCGAGGAGUGGGGGAGGGGGUUUCAUUUUGCCGCUUGUCCUCACGGUGGGCGUAAUUGGAGGUUGGUUCCUGGGCCAAAAGCAACUCGCCGACAAAGAUCCACAUUCGACACUCCCACUCUCGAGAGUAAUAGACCCGAAGCACGAUACCGCGCCGGCGACAUUACAGGCUGCAUGGGCUGACUUCAAGAACGUCGUGGGAGAAGAGAAUAUAUCAACACAAGAUGCAGAUGUCAAGUCGCAUGCUGGAUCAGAAUGGAGCUCAUACUCUAUUCAAGAAGGAGAUGUUCCCUUUGCGGUGGUCAGACCAGGCAGCACGGAGGAAGUGGCAGAGGUCAUGAAGAUUUGUCAUAAGAGGAAGAUUCCCGUGACAGGAUACAGUGGAGGGACUUCGUUGGAAGGGCAUUUUGCUGCUACGAGGGGUGGGAUUUGCAUCGAUUUCAGCCGGAUGGACCAGCUACUUGCGCUGCAUAAGGAGGAUCUGGAUGUUGUCGUGCAGCCUGCUAUGGGAUGGGAAUUGCUGAAUGAGGAACUGGCAGAACAUGGACUCUUCUUCCCACCGGAUCCAGGACCUGGUGCUAUGAUUGGCGGAAUGGUUGGGACUGGAUGCUCUGGAACGAAUGCGUAUCGAUAUGGAACUAUGAAGGAUUGGGUUCUGUCUUUGACUGUUGUCCUCGCCGAUGGGACUAUCAUCAAGACCAAGCAGAGACCGCGAAAGAGCAGUGCUGGCUACGAUCUCACCCGUAUUUUCAUCGGUUCUGAGGGAACUCUCGGUCUGGUUACGGAAGCUACUCUCAAGGUGAUACCAAAGCCGCAAACCACCAACGUAGCAGUCUGCACCUUCCCAUCGAUUCGAAGCGCAGCAGACUGCGUUUUCAAAGUCGUGGGUGCAGGCGUUCCCAUCGCCGCCAUCGAGAUCCUCGACGACGUACAAAUGCGCUGUAUCAACGAAGUUGGCUCCACCUCUCGACAAUGGAAAGAAGCACCCACACUCUUCUUCAAAUUCGCCGGCACACCCUCCAGCGUCAAGGAACACGUCGGCAUCGUCAAAGACCUCGCCAAGAAAUCCGGCAGCAAGACCUUCGAAUUCGCCCGCAACGAGCAAGAACAAACCGAGCUCUGGUCCGCUCGAAAGGAAGCCCUCUGGAGCGUAAUGGCGCAGAAGAAAGAUGACAGCGAUCACGUCUGGACCACGGACGUGGCGGUCCCCAUCUCCCGCCUGCCCGACAUCAUCGAGGAAACGAAAGAAGACAUCACCAAGUCCGGCCUCAUGGGCUCCAUCGUCGGCCACGUCGGCGACGGAAACUUCCACGCCAUCAUCCUUUACAACGACAAGGAACACGACGUCGCGGAGGAAGUCGUGCAUAAGAUGGUCAAGCGGGCGAUCGAGAUGGAAGGGACUGCGACGGGUGAGCAUGGCGUGGGUUUGGUCAAGAGGGAUUAUCUGCCCCAUGAGAUUGGACAGGAGGCGGUGGAUCUUAUGCGGAAGAUGAAACAAGCCUUCGACCCGCUCUGCCUCCUCAACUGCGACAAGAUCGUGCGCGCGGUGAAGCCGAAGCCUGGUGAGGUGCAGGAAUGGUAG